GCCGCGGAGCCGCCGCGGGAGCCGCCGCCGGAAGCCGGCCGGAGCCGGGCCGGGGGCUGAAGCCUGGUCCCGGCGGCGCCCGGAGGCGGGCCCGAGCCCCGCGCGGCUCAUGGCGGGGCCGCGGGGCGCGCUGCUGGCCUGGUGCCGCCGCCAGUGCGAGGGCUACCGCGGCGUGGACGUCCGCGACCUGAGCAGCUCCUUCCGGGACGGCCUGGCCUUCUGCGCCAUCCUGCACCGGCACCGGCCCGACCUGCUAGAUUUUGAUUCGCUUUCCAAGGACAAUGUCUUCGAGAAUAAUCGUUUGGCCUUUGAAGUGGCCGAGAAGGAGCUGGGGAUCCCUGCUCUCCUGGACCCCAAUGACAUGGUCUCCAUGAGUGUCCCCGACUGCCUCAGCAUCAUGACCUACGUGUCCCAGUAUUACAACCACUUCGCCAGCCCUGGCCAAGCUCGUGUCUCGUCACCUAGAAAGGCCCAGGCACCCUCCUCCCCGCCAUCCGAAGCAUCUACUCCAGCAGAACCAGGAGACAGGGCUCAGGGCGAGGAGCUGUCCUCGGGCAGUUUAUCGGAACAGGGCACCCAGCGGACCCCCAGCAGCACGUGCGCAGCCUGCCAGCAGCAUGUGCACCUGGUCCAGCGUUACCUGGCCGAGGGCAAGCUGUACCACCGGCACUGCUUCCGGUGUCGGCAGUGCUCUAGCACCCUGCUCCCUGGAGCUUACAGAAGUGGGCCUGAAGAAGGCACCUUCGUGUGUGCGGAGCACUGUGCCAGGCUGGGCCCGGGUGGGCGGUCAGGGACCAGGCCCGGGCCCCCUCUGCAGCCAAAGCAGCAGCAACUUGGAGAAGAAAUCAAGGAUGUUGACGGAGGUGGCCCUGGCCGUACUGCACCCGCAGGGGCUGAGGCAGAGGGGUCCCAGGCCAGUCCCGAGGCCCGGCCCCAGAUCACCACCAAGCCCCGGCCUCCAAACAAACCACAGGAGCUGGGUGGCUCCCUGGCCGGCCGCCCCACACCUGCCCCAAGGAGGGCCCCUGAGAGCCCAGCCCCGACACCUCCCACGCCCCGGCCCCGGUCCAGUCUGCAGCACGAGAACUUGGCAGAGCAGGGUGGCGGCAGUGGCCUAGUAAAUGGAAGGCUGCACGAACCCCCUGUCCCCAAGCCGAGAGGGACACCCAAGCUGUCAGAAAGGACGCCAGCCCCCAGGAAAGACCCCCCAUGGAUCACACUGGUGCAGGCAGAGCCAAAGAAGAAGCCAGCCCCCCUCCCCCCGAGCAGCAGCCCCGGACCUCCGAGCCGGGACAGCAGGCGGGUGGAGAAUGGAGGCACGGAGGAGGUGGGCCAGCAGAGCCAGGUGCCAGCUGGCCUGGAGCCCAAGCCCUACAACCCCUUUGAGGAGGAGGAGGAAGAGGAGCCCCCAGCUGCACCCAGCCUGGCCACUGGCCCUGCCCUGGUCCCCUCGGUGGAAUCCACACCCAAGUCCCUGCACCCCUGGUAUGGGAUCACCCCCACCAGCAGCCCCAAGACGAAGAAGCGUCCUGCCCCCCGAGCACCCAGUGCAUCCCCACUGGCUCUGCAUGCCUCACGCCUGUCACACUCGGAGCCACCCUCCGCAACCCCGUCGCCGGCCCUCAGUGUGGAGAGCCUGUCGUCUGAGAGCUCCAACCAGACCCCCUCCGGGGAGCUUCUGGAACCCUCGGCGGUGCCCAAGAGCUCCUCGGAGCCCACGGUCCACGCCCCCGGCACUCCUGGGACCUCUGCCAGUCUCUCCGCCAACUCCUCCCUGUCCUCAUCUGGGGAGCUGGUGCAGCCCGGCGCAGACCAGAUACCUCAGGCCGGCCCUGGCCUCGCCCCGGGUUCAAGGGGCAGCCCCAGCCCCCAGCCCCCCAAGCCCUGUGGCGGCGCUGCCCCCACCCCUCUCUUACUGGUUGGAGACAAGAGCCCCACGCCUUCCCCUGGAACCUCGUCCCCGCAGCUCCAAGUGAAGUCUUCCUGCAAGGAGAAUCCUUUUAACCGGAAGGCAUCACCCACAGCAUCCCCGACCACAAAGAAGGCCACCAAGGGAUCCAAGCCAGCCAGGCCACCUGCCCCAGGACACGGCUUCCCGCUCAUCAAGCGCAAGGUCCAGGCUGACCAGUACAUCCCCGAGGAGGACAUCCACGGAGAGAUGGACACUAUUGAGCGCCAGCUGGAUGCCCUGGAACACCGCGGGGUCCUGCUGGAAGAGAAGCUUCGCGGCGGAGUGAAUGAGGGCCGUGAGGAUGACAUGUUGGUGGACUGGUUCAAGCUCAUCCAUGAGAAACAUCUGCUGGUGCGGCGGGAGUCUGAGCUCAUCUAUGUUUUCAAGCAGCAGAACCUGGAGCAGCGCCAGGCAGAUGUAGAGUACGAGCUCCGGUGCCUUCUCAACAAGCCAGAAAAGGACUGGACAGAAGAGGACCGGGGCCGAGAGAAGGUGCUGAUGCAGGAGCUCGUGACCCUUAUCGAGCAGCGCAACGCCAUCGUCAACUGCCUGGAUGAGGACCGGCAGAGGGAAGAGGAGGAAGACAAGAUGUUGGAAGCCAUGAUCAGGAGGAAAGAGUUCCAGAAGGAGGCUGAACCCGAGGGCAGGAAGAAGGGGAAGUUCAAGACCAUGAAGGUGCUGAAGCUGCUAGCACACAAGCGGGAUACCAAGAGCAAGCCCCCGGGGGACAAGAGCUAACCGCCGGGGUGGCCAGUGGGACUUUCACCCGUCCUGGUGCAUGCGGCCCCUGCGCUGUGCUCUGUGGGGAGGACACCCUGCUUCCCAUCAGGAUCAGUCCUGGGGAACAACGACGUCAGGGGAGGGGGCCUCUGGGUGACAGCCUCUCCCUCCUCAGGGGCCCUCUGGCUAGUCUGGGCCAAAGAGUUUUCUUUCCUCUUCUCUGUGCCACAGGCAGCUGUGGCUCCGCCCUGCCCUUGUCUGGUUCUGAUGAUUCCAGAUGCUGGGACUGACCUGAGGAGCAAGCAGGGUCCUAGGUCUGGGGAGUGGCAGUGGCCGAGCACAGCUGCCUGGCGCACCCCAGCACCUGCAGUAACAGGCAGCCCCUCGGUCCCUCUUCCCUUCUGUACUGUGUCCGGAUGGGAUUCUUAGCUGUCAGAGUUGUGACCUGAAGGUCCUUCCAUCCACAUGGUCGGCCCAUGGUGGAUCUCUGGCCUGGGUCUCCUGCCUCCAGGGCUUAGCCAGCUGGCAAGCAGGGCUUGGCUGCACUGGCAUCUUCCUGCCCCAGCUCUGGCUCUGAGCCCCCAUCUUCCUUUCCAGUGCAGGUGGCCCUCAAUCUGUUUCUCCUCACUUAGGAGCUCUAUUUAUGAAAGUCUAAUUAGGUUUGAGCUUAUCACUGUGUCCUCAGACAUGAAUGGGCCCAAUGGACAAAGCCCUUCUCCCUCUGUCCCUCCAAGUUCUAGGAGGUGCUUCUGUUAUCUCCCCCUGUUCCCUCGGAGACCUCACCUCCCAGGACUUGGGGCUGGGGGCCAUGCUUGGUGGCCAGGGGUACCCUAGAGCCGAGUCCCUGGAGAGGGCCUCUGGGAGACAGGCCCAGUGGCAGUUCUAGUGCCCGGUCAUCAGCCAAGGGAGCUGUGCUUCACAGAGGUGCUAAUCCUGGUUCCUAAACACAUUGUAGUCUUGACUUUCUCCCACCACCCCAGGGCUGGGGGGUAGCGGGCCCGGUCCUGUGUGUGGUUGUCACCAGUCUGUCGUCUCACACUUGACUGUUGUCCAUUCUCUCCCGACUUGUUCUCCCGAAGGACUGAUGGCCACUCAUCCCACUGUGAUGGCCAUGGGAGAGGAAGAGCCGAUGGGGACAACUGCCUUUCCCCCAGGGAAUGCGUCCAGCAGCCCUCAGUCAAAGCACUGUUGCUAUAAGCUAUCUCUGGGGUGCUCUAGGGCCCCCUCCCUCAGCUCACCUCUGGGGAAAGUACGCACUGUAUUAACUUGUGAGGAUUUUCCUCCCCAACAAUAAAUGGAGACAACCUCAGUUGCCAGUGCCCCAGAGCCUGGGGCGCUUUGCCCUCAGCCAGGUCGGCCUUCUUUCGUGCCUCCACCAUGCCCCAUGGCCGGGCAUCUCUGGUCCCCGGGGAGGGGCACGUAGGGCUGUCCACUGCCAAGGGCGUUGGCCCUUCAGAGCUUGCUAGUGGGCAGGACCCUUCCUCUGCAGGGAGAUGCAGCUCCUACAGCUGCGCAGCCCCUGGCAGUCUCCUCCCAAACAUGCCUGUUGACUGUUGCUGGUCACCAACUCCAAAGGCUUUCGGGGGUUGGGCUGGUCACAUACCUGACCAGGGUGGGUGUAACCUGAGGGUGGCUCUGGCAGGCUGUCUUGGUGUCUAGAGACUCAGGUAGUGGGGACUGGGGUGUCUAUGCCCCAACCAAAGGGGGAAGUUCUUCCUUACUUAAAGUCAACUGUAGCCUGUGGGGAUGCGGGCCUAGUGUUGCCACACUUUUCCAUUUUUCAAAAGAAGCUAGAAAUCCA